AUGGGCGUGGUAGAGGCAGGGGUAGAGGCAGAGGCAGGGGUUGAUGGAAUGGAGCUAGCAAUAAUAGACCUACAUGCCAAAUCUGUUUUAAACAAGGCCAUACUGCCCUCAAUUGCUACAGAUUACUCAACAGAAACUUCAUUCCUGGAUAUCCAUACGGGCAAGGUGGUGUUGAAGGGGGAACUCAGUGAAGGGUUAUAUAAGUUGAAAGCAGCAAGAGCUGCUGGCAGUACAGUGAAGUUGCAUAGUCCCUGCUUAACAAAGGAUGGUUUUGCAACAGCAUCAGUGCAACCCCAACCCACUGUCAAAACAUCACUUAUUCAUCCACCACCACCUUGGCAUGAUCAACCAUCCUAUUGUCCACCUUCACAACUCAUAACUGAAAAUCACCCAACAAAUUCUCCAGCUUUAUCACACAGCCCUUAUCCAACUCCCUCAAGACCUCUACUAAGCCCACUUUCUUCUACUUCGUCCACCCCGUCCUCAUCUAGAUCAGUAACCCAAUCUCCAGCCUAA